AUGGCUCCGAGAAGAAGAGCCGGGCCGGAGGAGGAGGAGGACGAGGAGGACGCCUUCGGAAGCGCGGGCUCCCACAUCUCCGAGAGCGAGCCCAGCGAGGACGAGAAGGAGAAGGAAACGAAGCCCUCGAAAACGUCCCAGGCCGCUGAUUCGGCCAAGAAGGAAGAAGUCAGCGAGGAAGCUGAGGAGGUCGGCGCAGAGGCCCCGGAGGAUACCCAGGCCGAGGCACAGCCCGAGGAGGCCAAGGAAGCCCAGGAGGGUGAGGAGCCCCAGGAGCCAAAGGAGGCCCAGGCGGAAGAGGCCGAAGAGGACAAGGAGGUCAAGGAGGCCAAGGAGGCGCGGAGAAAGGCCAAAAAGGCCAAGAAGAAGGCCAAAGAAGCCGAUGAGGCAGAAGAAGAGGAGGCUUACGAGGAGGUUGAUGAAGAUGCAGACGAUGCGGACGGAGAAGCUGUGCAACGCAGAGCUGCCAAGGAUGGUUACGAGGAGUCCAGGUACAAGGCGGGCUUCGCGGGCGUCGGCCAGCGGCCUGAGAAGAAGUGGCUCCAUUCGGGGGAUGUGAAGAAGGGCCAACGACUGCGAGGGACGGUCAUAGAAAUCUUAGACUCUCAUGCUAGGCUUGAUGUUGGGUUGGACACCAUGGCGACACUUCACGCGAGCAAGAUCCUGCCCGAAGGAGCAAUGCUCCAAGAGGAACUUUCGAUCGGACAGGAAAUGGAAGUUUGGGUUUGUGGAGCGCGGCCAUUAAGCUAUAAAGUCAAACAAGGCACCACCUGGAGGAUCGAUGCUCGGCUGGAGGUGACAAUGCUCAAUCCUGCACAGCUCAGCUCGGACGUCACGGAGUUCACUCAGCUGCCGCCGAACGCAUUGCUGGCAGCUACCGUUACCCACAUAGAACCCUACGGAAUCGUCGUCAAGGUCAAGUCGCCGACGGGUGCUGUGCCUGUGCAGGGCUUUGUUCAUGUCUCCGAGAUCCGUGACGGUUAUGUGGAGCAUCCCGCUGAUGAAGUCGAUGUUGGCCAAGACAUCACGGUGAGCAUCGUGCGCAUUGACGAGAAAUUCGGUAGGCUGCGACUGACCAUGAAGCUGCCGGAGGUGGAAGGUUACUGA